AUGGGUAAACUCAUCAAGAACCACUGGGCACGCCUCAUCGUCCUCACGGCUUCUGCUUAUAUGAUUGCCGCCGCCCUCGAGGGUUUCUUCUGGCCCAAAAUCUUUUUCGACUUCCUUACUAAGAACCUUGAUGGUGCCGUCAAGCCGUUCCCUGUGUUGCAAAUUAUCAACUUGGUGCUGGGCAUAUUGACCUUGGCGUGGGAAUGGCCACUCAAGUUCAUUGUCAGAACGGCUCCAGGCCUGCACAGAAGCAUCGAAGCCAGACUGGUGUUAUACCCUCUUUGUGCCUUGUGUGGAGUGCUGCAAUACCAAGCCACCAAUGCCGCCCUUUAUUACCUUAUCGGAGUGAUUGUGUAUUUCUGGGCCUUUUCAGAAGGAGAGAUGAUUUGUGGGGAACCCUGGACGGUCCCGAAGCGAGGCGGUCGACAGCCCGGCAAAGUAUGA